ACUCACGCCGCUGCGCUCACGAACUCCCACGACCGAAUCCACGCCCAUUCCUCGCCAUUACCCUCGUUUCACCCGUCCAGACACGAUUCCCGUCCAUUCUCAUCCCCCGCGAAAAUGUCUUUCUUCGGCUCCGGCUCCGGCAAUGCGUCGCCCAACCCCCAGGAAACCAAGACCCUCAUCAUGAAGCAGCUGCAGCAGGAGGCCGCCAUGAACAACGCCCGGACCCUGAUCGCUAAAGUCAACGAACACUGCUUCGAAAGCUGCAUUCCCCGGCCCGGCUCCUCCCUGUCCUCCUCCGAGGGCACCUGCCUCUCCAACUGCAUGGAGAAGUACAUCUCCAUGUGGAACGUCGCCAGCCGCUCCUACGUCUCCCGCAUCGCCGUCGAGAGCAAGAAGGCCGGUGGCGCUCAAGAAGUCCUCAACAUGAACGCCCUGGCUUCCUCGUCGAACGACAGUCUGUAAACCCCGGCGGCGGAAGAUGAAUACAUACUCCGGCGGAUGCUAUGAUAUAGAUUUGCGGUCAUAAUGCAGAUUGAUUUGCCGGUCUAAUAUUACGGUUCCUUUUUUCCUUGUCUUUGCGACCUCGUGUGGAAAAUGCAGAAUGCUCGUCGACGUCUGUUUUUUUUAAUCCUCCGCGCCUCCCUUCGAACGACUCAUCCGGCGUUGUCGUUGUCCAUUGUGAUGACAUGUGUAUGAUACAGGCAGGUACUAUUUUUUGGUUGUAUAUCAUUGGUUCGAUCAUAGAGGAACUAGAGGAGCAUAAUAGGUGUUCGGUCCUUGUAGCCUAGACAUCCAUUGUCAUGACGUUAUGUUCGCCGCCAAUG